AUGAUCACUAAGUCACCAGGGCCUAUUUUACAGUACUUUGACCCAAAGAAGCCAGUGACUCUUGAGACUGACGCAUCACAGAAUGGUCUAGGGGCAGUCAUAUUUCAGGAUAAGGGACCAGUUGCUUUCGCAUCGAAGGCAGUGACUAACUCGCAGAGGAACUAUGCCCAAAUAGAAAAGGAGACGCUUGCCAUUCUAUUUGGUUGUGAAAAAUUUCACUACUAUCUGUUUUGGAGAAAUUUCAAAGUCAUAACCGAUCAUAAACCACUAGAAGUUGUUUUCAAGAAGCCAUUACAUGCUAUUCCCCUGAGACUUCAACGCAUGAGAAUGAGACUUCAGAUCUAUGAUGCAGAUGUAGAGUUCACACCUGGGAAGAAUGUACCUGUAGCAGGCAUGCUGUCUCGGCAUUUCAUAGAGUCUUCGUCAAACAAAGAUGACCUGUCUCUUGAUGAAGAUAUCCAGUCACAUGUACACAUGGUGACAAGCAACUUACCAGUAUCUGACAAGAAGAUGGAAGAGAUCAGAAAGGAAACAAAUGGUCUAGCUGAAAAGUCUGUACAGACUGUGAAACGACUACUGCUUAAAGCUAAGCAGAGUGGUGAUUAUCCUUAUUGGUCUCUACUUGCUUAUCGCAACACUCCAUUAAGUGAGAUGGGAUCUUCUCCUGCCCAGCUACUUUUGUCAAGAAGUCUCAGAACUGACUUACCCAGUCAUCCAGAUUUACUGAAGCCAAAAGUCAUCAGCUGUGAAAGUGUGCAUGAGGCAAUGGUGGAUUCUAAAAUGCGUCAAAAGCAUUACUAUGACAGAUCUUCACAUCCGAGACCUGCAUUAAGUACACAUAACAGUGUGAGAUUGAGGCAAGGCAAGGAUUGGAUACCAGGUGUCGUGACGGGUUACGCCAACACACCUCGUUCAUACCAUGUCAAGACUGAUGAUGGUGCAGAGUACAGUCGCAACAAGAGAGACUUGCAUUCCACCAAUGGGAUUAUCUCCAGUGUACCAGGAGAUCAUCUGGCUGCUAAAAGCAACGAUAGUCCAACCGAGUCAACACAUGUGGACAGUACACCACAGUCAGGAGUUCGGUCUAUGGUCCCAGUGGACCUUCGACAACCAAUUGCCUGUUCAUCCAGAGGAUGGGCAAUCUUUAAGCCAUCAAGAUUUGAAUGA